AUGUUGGCCCAGGCCGAACCCACCCCCUCGGUUUCCGCGGCGUUGGCCGCGAGCGCACUGUGCUGGGAACUCGGAGGUGCCGGCGGCUCCGCCGAGGGCGGCCUGCGGAGGGUGCGAACCAGUGGCGUUGCGAUUCGUGGAGUCCCAGCCCUCGGAUUGCGGCCUCGUCCGCUCGGACCCUGGGACUCUGGCUGGAACAUUCGAGCCCCCACGGCGGGCGAGCGCGGAGGGCCAGAGCGCGCCGGCCCCGGGCUCGCAGCCGCGGGCAGCGGGCGGGACCGCGCCCCCGCUCCGCCCGCGGGAGUGCUCUCCCCUCCAGGAAGCGCCCGCCUCGCCUCUGCACCUCCCUCCGCACAGCCGCCCCUCCUCGGCCGGAGGGAGGAGCCCGAGCCGCCGCCGCCGCCCGCCCGGGAGGAGGACCGGACCCCGAGCGGCUGGGAGCGCACGCGAGCUGGCCAUGGCCUCGCGGGCGGCGCCCUGAGCCCGUCCCGCGCCCGCAGGCCCGGCCGAGCAGGCGAGCGCUCGGGGAUGCCCCGGCUGCCCAGAGCGCGGGCAGCGGCAGCUGCGCCUGACGGGUUGGAAGGAAGCCGGGUUCCGCCUCUGGGGGCUGCGACGCCCCGAGCCCCUGCCACCCGCGCCCACCCGGACUCCGACCCUUGGGUGACUCAGCUCCCACCCAGCCACGUGGGGGCGCCCCGGCUUCGCCCGGACGGUGGAGGGGAGAAAGCUGGCCGGGUGCGAAAGGUGGCGCCCUUCGGGACCCAGACCAGACGUUUAGGGACCUUCCCACCCCCCCUGAGAGCCGGGGGCGUCUGGAAGGUGGAGUCCCCGCCACCGCCGCAGCUGCUGAGGACUUGA